UUUAUUAAUAUAAAAAUCUCAAGAUGUCGAGUGCGUAUUACAUGAAUAAAUAAAAAAAAAAUUCAUCAUUUUUCUAAUUUUAUUUAAAAUGCAUUGUGCUAAAAUUAAAAAUAAAUAAAUAUGUAAAAAUUUAAAAUAAAGAUCAAGUCAAACGGGAAGUCAAACCGGAUGACCCGUUCUCCAUUUCUGGGGCAAAGCUCCGUUUAACCGAACCCAAAUACCCUGAUGCCUUUCCUUUAACGCUCCAAAGCCUGAUUACUAUAUAGCCGUUAGAAACAAAUCGAGCGCUUUCAAAUUCAACGGCUCACGUUCAUUUCAAUUCAAAAUUAAAUCUUCUCUGUCCCUCCAUUUAACCCUCCAAGGCUCUCUCUCUCUCUCUCUGAACGUCGUAAUUUUGCUUUCAAAAUCAUCGAACUCUGAUUCUUUUUUCAAUGAAUCAGACCAUGGAAAUGGACUGCGAGAAAUGCGAGCACAACGGCGAUUUAAACACAGAAAUAGCUGAAGAGGUUAGCAGUUUUGUGGAUGAGGAUGGUUUAUCAAACUCAAACCGAGAAAUUUCUCCAGCUCAAGGGCCAACCCUUCCAAUACUGCAAAAGGUUAUAUGUUUGAGCAAUAAGAUUCAGGAUUUGAAGAGAGAUCACACAAGUCUUUCAGAUCAAGUGAAGAACAUAAGUAUUGAUUGUUUUGCUGGCCCUGGUGUUUCAAACACUCUUAAGCAUCUCAGUAUCGAAUUUGAGCUUUUGAAGAAGAAGUACAUAGAUGAGUCCUUAGAACGAAAGCGGCUUUAUAAUGAAGUGAUUGAGCUGAAAGGCAAUAUUAGGGUCUUCUGCAGAUGCAGACCAUUAAAUCCAGCUGAAAUUACUAAUGGAUCCACUUCGGUAGUUGAAUUUGACCCAUCUCAAGAAAAUGAGCUACAAAUUGUUUCUUUGGAUUCUUCUAAAAAGCAAUUCAAGUUUGAUUUUGUGUUUAAGCCUGAGGACAAUCAAGAGGAUGUUUUUGCACAAACAAAGCCUAUUGUGACUUCAGUACUGGAUGGCUAUAAUGUCUGCAUAUUUGCAUAUGGACAAACUGGAACUGGGAAGACAUUUACUAUGGAGGGUACACCUGAAAAUAGAGGAGUAAACUACAGGACUUUAGAGGAGUUGUUUCGUAUUUCCAAUGACCGAUCUGGUGUCAUGAGAUAUGAGUUAUUUGUUAGCAUGUUGGAGGUUUACAAUGAGAAGAUAAGGGACCUUUUAGUUGAAAACUCCAACCAACCUUCCAAGAAGUUGGAGAUAAAGCAGGCAGCAGAAGGAACCCAAGAAGUGCCAGGACUCACUGAAGCUCGUGUCUACAGUACAGAGGAAGUGUGGGAGCUACUCAAGUCCGGAGCCAGAGCCAGAUCUGUAGGGUCCACUAAAGCCAAUGAGCUCAGUAGCCGAUCUCACUGCUUGUUGCGAGUGACUGUUAAGGGGGAGAAUCUAAUAAAUGGACAUAAGACUAAGAGUCACCUUUGGCUGGUAGACUUGGCUGGUAGUGAGCGUGUGGGAAAGAUUGAAGUUGAAGGUGAGAGAUUGAAGGAGUCUCAAUUUAUAAACAAAUCCCUUUCAGCACUUGGUGAUGUUAUAUCUGCCCUGGCUUCAAAAUCAGGCCAUGUUCCAUACAGGAAUUCAAAGCUUACUCAUAUGCUACAGAGCUCCCUAGGUGGCGAUUGCAAAACUCUGAUGUUUGUCCAGAUCAGUCCAAAUUCUGGAGACCUUGGAGAGACCCUUUGUUCUCUGAACUUUGCCAGCCGAGUUAGGGGAAUUGAAAGUGGUCCUGCUCACAAGCAGGCUGAUGUGUCAGAACUCUUCAAGUACAAGCAAAUGGCAGAAAAGUUGAAGCAGGACGAGAAGGAAACAAAGAAAUUGCAGGAUAGUUUGCAGUCCUUACAGUUAAGACUCGCUGCCAGAGAACAUAUCUGCAGAAAUCUUCAAGAAAAGGUCCGGGACCUUGAGAAUCAAUUAGAAAAUGAAAGGAAAACCAGAAUCAAGCAGGAAACCAGAGCUUUUGCCGCUGCAUCUACUCAGUCUUUAGGACUGUCAACUAUAAAAGAAGCCACAGGGAAGACAAAGACAGAGAAAAAGCCUCCCUUGGGUCCUUCAAAAUUGAGGAUGCCACUACGAAGAAUCACCAAUUUCAUGCCCCCGCCAUCUCCUGUCCCACCUCGGAAAAUCACCACCAUUAGAAACAAAAUUGCAACUUCAGUAGACAAAGAAAACCUUCACAGUAACAUAAUGGCAGAAACAAGCACCAAAAGCCUUGUGAAACCAAGACGUAUUUCCAUUGCUGUCAGACCUCCUCCCCAUGCAACAUUGACAACAAAAGUUAUUCAGCCCAAAAGAAGAGUAUCCAUUGCAACUCUCCGGCCAGAGCAAAGCUCAUACAUGACAACACCACUCCACCCCUCUGUCUCUAACUUUCAAAAUGGAAGCGCAAUGGGCGGCGGCAGGCAGUCACUCUUGAGGGACCCUCGAAAGGCGAGGUACUCAAAACUAUUCUCACCAUUACCAGUAUUCAAGACAGCAACAGAGACUAUCACUGCCACACCAACUGCCAUGAGGAGCAGCAGUAAGUUCAUGGGAAGUCCUCCUACACAGGCUGGGUCAUGGAGGCCAAAGCAUCCAACAGUUGUAGCACUACAGAGGAAAUCACUGGUAUGGAGCCCUUUAAAGUUGAGAGGCAUGAAAAAUGCCAGGAGAUCAUUAUUGCCUUCUUCACAUCCCACAACUGAGAUGCUGCAAUGAACAAGGAAAACAUGUCAAGUUUUCACCUUCUCUGUAUUGUCAAUGCCCCCUCCUCUAUUACAGGGGAAAAAAAUCCCCAUUCUUCCUGUUCUGUGUUAGUGUUUUCAUUUCUUAAAUUCUUUUUCUCUCUUUUUUGGAUGCUUUUACAUAUGUAUGCUUCUUGCUUACCAAUCCGAACAUUUCUUUUGCAUUUUCUUUUCCGUA